CCUAUUAAACCCUAGGCUGAUAUUUUUGGAUGUCGCAAAAAACUAUACAAAUUUUUACUAAUCUUCAAGUACCUGUUUACUCGGGACUUUCCACUUUUUAUUUUAAACACUGACUAAUAGAUAAAUCGAGUUUAUCUAUGAUCAAACCUAUCUUGCUCAUAUAUUCAACAACGACACCGUUGGAAAAGUAACAAGAUUUAGAGGCCAUAUACUCUGUCGUUUUUUCCCACUAGUACGACCCGAACUGUAUUCGAACGCGACGAUACUUCCGUAUUCUCUGCAUGACAAUAUAUUGACAGAGGCUGAAAAGGUCGUUGUUAGGACACUGUAAACAAGAAGAUCGAACUCCCAAAUUGGAAGUACGUUUUAUUUUUAAGAUUUUGAGAGAUGACAGCAAGUUCCAGACAGCCAUACGUGUAUGACAUUUGCCUGUUGGGCCACGAUGGUAGAAGUACAAGUAAAGACUUUGCGUAUGCGCUUGCUGACUAUUUGGAAACAGAACGUAACCUUAAAGUAUUCUUUGACCUCAGAGACGUUUUGCCUGGGCAAGAUGUUUUCUCUGUUACUGAUGCUUUCAAAAAGUCAAAAUUUACUGUUGCAGUCAUGUGCCGAGCUUUCAUUCAAAACCGCUUGAACAAUUAUACUGCUACAAGUGCCUUUGUAAAUCUGUUGAAAACUGGCAGGUUUAUACCUCUUUAUGUCCUUGAUGUUAGAAAACAAGAUAUUAACAAUAUACAGGAGCUUCAAAAAUAUAACGCUAUAAAAGGUCUUCCCUUUGGAGAUGCCGUCCUUCCUAACGAGAACCCAGAAGCACUGGAUAAGCUGCGGAGAGCGCUGACUGCGGGUAUUUCACAUCCGGAACAAGAUGAUAGGAAUAACGAAGGACAAGGCGAUGUAAGCAAUGAAGAAACUAUAAGUCAACCACAGGAAGAGACAGCUCCGCCAUGUGAAGAUAUCACGGGACAGGGCCGAGACGCUGUGGAGGAUGGAAGCGGCGAGAAUUCUGUGCAAGGUUGGAUGGGUUCACUGUCAUCUUUUCUUAGAGAUGUUGCCCCAGCCAUCUGGACCUGUAUAUUGUAUACUGAAAACUCGACACCACAGCUGUUCCCUGCCAAAAACAAUGCUAAGAAUGGCCAUUGCAAAGACUGACUAAUGCUAAGUCUGGCUAAUGCAAAGACUGACUAAUGGUACAAUGUUAGACUGGUUAAUACCUAUCUUAUCUAUCUAGCUAGAGACAUAUCUGUGAAUAUCUGUAAAAAAUCUAUCACUUACCCUGGUAGAGGGUAGUUAAUACUCGUGUACAUUCCAGUAAUUUAAGUAUAUACCGAGACCCAUUAAAUCUAUUGUGUUGUGAUAAGUUUUUACAUAAAAAAGGUUUGGCAAAAGUUUGAGAGAACUUUGAUGUCCAUCCAAAUAUUUCAACAGGUUGAAGUAAGAGAUAGCAGUUCAUUGAUGAACUGUUUAUGAAGGCCUUAGAAAAUAUUUUUAAAAAAUACGAAGUUCUGAUAUGUAAAUUAUGUCAUGAUAUUAGACCUUGUUGAAGCCACAGUGGAAUGCAGAUUGUAACAA